AUGUUACAACGAGCAACAUUUACUUAUGAUAUUUCUUCAAUGUUUUCAACCUAUAAAAAAUUGUUUAUACUUUUACUUACAUUGCAAUUUGUGGUAACGGCUAGCAAUAACCAAACUAUUAAUCAAAAAACUAUCAAUCACUCAUGCUAUGCAUGUGUCGAACCUUUGAUUGGAUACACUGACCAUGACGAUUCAUGCAGAUCUUUCAAUACAACAGCACCUAUAGCUGCAUCGUAUAUAAGUAAAUGUAAUAAUGCCGAUGAUUAUACUGGCGAAUAUGAAUGUCGAAAAUUAGUCAUAAGUUUUCGUUCAAUUGAAACAUAUUUACGUCGGGAUUGUGCACCGAAAGGUUUAUGUUCAUGGAAAGAUAAAACUCAAUCAAUGAUAGAUACGCCACCAUCUAAUUGUGUUUAUACUGAUGUUAAUGAAGAAAAAGUUGAAUGUAUUUAUUGUUGUGAUACGCCAUUAUGUAAUCGAACUACGCCGUAUAAUAUGGCACUACAUUUAAUAUAUUUCUUAUUACUAAUCAAUUGGUGGAGAAGGCGUAAUUAUUAA